AUGGCGAAAUACACGCCUCGUGAGCGCAAGCACAAGCGCAGGCAGCAGGACAGUCAGUCCGCUGCCGCGCCGGUGGACACAAAUGUCGCCGAAAUAAUGCCCAUCUCCAAGGCGGAGAAAGAGGCAAGGCGCCAGAAGCUGAGAGAAGAGCUGCGGGUGCAACAACCGAAGAUGUCCUCGAAGAAAAAGAAGCGCCUGGAGAAAUAUAUUGAGAACAAACUGAAAAAAGAGGAAAGUCUAGAACUGCUGAAGAAACUCGCGCAAGCCAAAGUCGACACCUCCAAUCUGCGAAGCUCGAAGGACCUGGGGAGAAAGAAAAUACAAAACUCUAAGCGCUCUUCCUCUCAGGCAGUUGCCGCCAAGGAUGAAGAGGAGUUCACCUCCGAAUCCGAUCUUUCUGAUGAUGAGUUUGAAUCGAAGUCAAACGCGCAGACCACUUCUGUUGCCGAUGCAAAUUCUGGUCUACAGAAGCAGACAGUCCAACCUCAAAUAGGUAUUGGUCUGAAACGGCCGCUUGAGAUCGGAGAGGACGGAUUUCCCGUUAUUAAGAAACGGAAGAAACGGAAGACUAAGCCGACUGUCGAACUUCCCUGGGAAGGCUUUGAUUCCGAAGAAGAAAAAGAAAAAGAUGAGGAAGCCAAACCCGAUGGAAAUAAUGAAGUUGAUCAGUCACCCAGAGAUUCCGAGAGUGAAGAUAGCGAAGAUAGUGAUACAGGUUCUGAAAAGGAGAAUGCCUCCCAGGAGGAAGAAGAGGCAACAGAAGAUGAGGCUGGAGGUGAGACUGGAGGUGAGACUGGAGAUGAGGAUGAGGAUGAAGGUGAAGGUGAAGAUGAAGAUAUGGAAGAAGAUGAGAACGAGGAAGACCUGGAAGGUCCUAAACGGAUUCGUCCUCGGAAUUCUGCAUUCAAGGAGUGGGCUACGCAGCAGAUUAAUGAGGCUGUAGGGUUCCAGCCCUCAGCUGGCCAGCCGCUCACAGAACAGCUGCCAGCCUCUGCUGAACUUGUAGUCCGGAAGGGAAAGACACCCAGGAAUACUGUCUACGAAGAGGAGCCUUUGCCUCCGGAGCUGCAACCAACCAAGGGAGACCCGGAUCGCAAAGCGUUCAGUGUUCAGGUGAAUCGUCCAGAAGAGGUCCAGAAUGCCCGACUACAAUUACCCGUUGUGGGAGAAGAGCAGAAGAUUAUGGAGGCUAUACACAACAAUGAUUCGGUUGUAAUAUGGGGAGCCACUGGAAGCGGCAAAACAACACAGCUGCCGCAGUUUCUGUUCGAAGCCGGCUAUGGUAACCCCGAGAGUCCCAAUCCGGGUAUGAUUGGAAUCACUCAGCCUCGCCGGGUUGCGGCUGUCAGUAUGGCAAAACGAGUGAGUGACGAACUUGGGCAGUUCGCGGACCAAGUCUCCUAUCAGAUUCGUUUCGAUACGACUGUCUCCAACAAAACAGCCAUCAAAUUCAUGACUGAUGGUAUUCUCCUCCGUGAAAUCGCGAAGGACUUUUCUCUGAGCAAAUACUCCAUCAUCAUCAUAGAUGAAGCUCACGAGCGAAGUGUCAACACUGAUAUCUUGAUCGGAAUGGUGAGCCGCAUCGUUGACUUGCGGAAAUCCAUGGCCAAAGAAGAUCCAAACGUGAAGCCACUAAAGCUUGUCAUCAUGUCGGCCACAUUGCGUAUUUCAGAUUUCACACAAAAUACGCAUCUUUUCCGGCACGGGCCACCGCCCUUGGUGCAAGCAGAAGGUCGACAGUAUCCUGUUACAAUUCAUUUCUCCCGGCGAACACACCGCGACUAUGUCGAAGAAGCGUUUCGAAAGGUUUCCAGGGGGCACCGCAAACUUCCUCCAGGCGGAAUGCUUGUCUUCUUAACUGGGCAAAAUGAGAUCAGAUACUUGGAGAAGCGACUGAAGCAGACAUUCAAGCCGACUCAGCGCGGUGAAAGUGUACAGGGUAAAGUCCAGAUAUCAGCUGUAGACGCACCGCUCGAAACUGAAGACCUGGAUCUGGCUGGUCCAGAUGUUGAAACCUCCAGAGGGGUUGAAGAAGACGAGGAUGGCAGUGAGGUAGAGAUCACCGGUCUUGACGACGAUGAAAUCGACGAUGAAGAAUUUAACCUGGGUGAGGAAAGCAUGGAUUCCUCGACUCGAGUUCAUGUGUUGCCGUUGUAUUCCCAACUACCCACGAAAGAGCAAUUGAAGGUCUUCGAGCCGCCUCCAGAAGGCUCAAGACUCAUAGUGCUGGCCACGAACGUUGCCGAAACAAGUCUUACAAUUCCAGGGAUCAGAUACGUUUUCGAUUGUGGGAGAUCCAAAGAGAAGCAAUAUGACCUAUUCACCGGAGUCCAGACGUUCCAGAUCGGCUGGAUCAGCAAGGCCAGCGCAGAUCAGAGAGCUGGACGAGCUGGGCGAACGGGACCGGGUCACUGUUACCGGCUGUAUUCUUCAGCAAUUUAUGAGUCGGCAUUCCCAGAAUAUACAGAUCCGGAGAUUCUGCGGACUCCCAUCGAAGGUGUUGUCCUUCAAAUGAAGAGUAUGGGCCUGCACCACGUCAUUAAUUUCCCUUUCCCGACACCACCAAGUCGUGAGGGACUGGCAAAGGCAGAAAAGCUUCUCAAAAACCUUGGGGCUCUUUCGCCUGAUGGCCAAGUCACGGAGAUCGGACACCGCUUGGCCACAUAUCCCCUUUCCCCCAGAUUUGGAAAAAUGUUGCAGAUCGGCCAUCAGCAUGGUUGCAUGCCGUAUGUUAUCGCCCUUGUCUCUGCACUCGCUGUGGGAGAACUCUUCAUUCCAGAGAGUCAGGUCGACAUGUCAUCGUCGAGCCAGGACGAGAACAAAGACAAGGACGAUGACGAAGUUUACACGAACGCAGACCGUCUGGAAGAUACGGCUCGGGAGGCUCGUCGCAAGGCCUACAGCAGGGCCCAUCGUCUGUUCAGCAAACACGACGAUACCUGCGACGCACUGAAGUAUAUGUCUGCGGUGUGCGCAUACGCCUACGCUUCCGAUGAAGAGUCCUUCUGCAACCAGAUGUUCCUGCGGGCUAAAGGGCUAAAAGAAGCGUCUCAGCUUCGCCGUCAGCUGACCGACAUCGUGCGCGCGAACAACCCCGGCGUGAUUGGGGCGUAUGAGGCUCGACUUCCCGAGCCGACAGAGAAACAGCUCAAAGCCUUGAAGCAGAUCGUCACGGCGGGCUUCAUCGACAACGUCGCUAUUCGUGCCGAUCUCGCACCCGUCCCGCCAGAGAUUCCUCGCAAGCCGAAGCGGGCCAUCGACGUGCCAUAUCUGACACUCUUCCGGUCGCGCGAAGGCCGAGCGGUUGAGCUCGACAAAAAGGCCGUCUACGUGCACCCAUCCUCCCUGCUUGCCCAUCUUUCGCCCAACGAGAUGCCGCAAUACGUGGUCUAUUCCCACCUCCAGCAAUCCAGCCCUUCGGUCAUCUCCGACAACACGGUGCCGAAGAUCCGGAUGUUCCCGCUCGUAGCACCAAGCGGGCUGCAGCUCUCUGCGCUCGCCCACGGGACGCCUCUGAUCGAGUACGGCAAACCGAUCGGGAAGAUCGAGCACCUGGGAGGAAUUCCCGAACGGCGCGAAUGCUGGGUCGUUCCGUCUCUGGUGGGCGAUCCCGGCAGUACAGGGUGGCCGCUGCCAGCGAAGAAGGUCGUCCAGGUGAAGGAUAAGAAAGAGGGUUGGGUUAUUGAAAAGUUCCUCACGUGA